CGAUAUCACACCCCCAAAAGCCCCCUCUCACUCGGUCGAUGCCCUCCCGUUUCCUCACUUUCUUCAUCGCACUUUCCUCAAAGUUUCUCCCAGCAAAAAACAGAGUAUAAGGGAGUUCACCAAAAAAACAGAAAAUCAGUUUUUUCACCGACGAUUACAGACAUGGCCGAUAGCGAGUCCGGCGGGUGUUGCCGGUGCUGUUUCAGCUUCAUAAUUACUCUCGGCCUCACAUCCCUCUUCAUGUGGCUAAGUCUACGUGCUGACAAUCCCAAGAUUACGAUCAAGUACUUUUAUCUCCCUGCCCUCAACAAAACCUUUAACAACCGAACAACAAACAACACCCUCAUCAUUGAGCUGAAGCUGGACAACGGCAACAAGGACAAGGGGAUUUACUAUGAUGCCAUCAACCUCACUUUCUCCGACAAUCCCAAUAGGUCACUGUCGCACCUGAUGGGGAACCAUACCAUUCCUGCGUUCCGACAGGGGCAGAACAAAAAGGCCAAGAGGAUAGUGCCCGUGGAGAUCAAUCGAACAAUGGCUACCCUGGCGGCUUUUCCAAAUGGGUCGGCGGUUUUCCGGGUGGAUAUGGCGACCGCGGUGAGGUUCAGGAUCAUGUUUUGGAAGACCAAGAGGCACAGGUUGAUGUUAGGGGCAAGUGUGGGAGUCAAUGACCAUGGCGUUGGUAACUUCAGCAAGAAAAAAGGGAUCAGGCUCAAGUCCGGCGCACCGGAGCAUGGAGGCUGUUGCGCGCAGAUGGGACUUUUGGUUGGAUUGAUGGUCUUGGUUUUGCUUUAAUUUUCUUUGACUUUUCAUGAUUUCGAGGCAUUUGAAGGUUGAAUUAUUAUUAUUAUUAUUAUUAUUUUCAAUUUUACGGAAAUUGUUUGUACUACUUUAUGUACGAAAAAAAUGUUGUCGUUUGUGGGAACUUUUAGGAAGAAUUUUUAUAAAUUAAUUGUUAUUGUAAUUUUUUUUACAAAUUUAUAAAAAUUAAUAUUAUGUCA